AUGACUGCGAAGUUCUCCGAGUCUGUCGCGAGAUUCUCGGUUGAUCAGGGCUUUCUCCCUGAGCUGGGAGAGAACCCAGGGCCACUUGACCGGGCCAGGCACAGCUUCGCUAUGUCUUUGAAACAGAACGUUAUUCAGAGCCUGCUGUCCCAUAUUAGCUCGUACACUGGAGUCCUACAACUCAGCCUUCUCACACUGUCUUUUUCGCAAGAAGAAGUCCAAGCAAGAAUCAGGGAACUGACGGAUGCCAUCAGAACGCAGAUGCCUGUCCUGACACAGCGGCCAGCCAUUGCUUGGGAUGACGACGAAACAUUAACCCGGGAAUCAGAGUCGUUUACACAGGAGAUCCAAGCGUGGAGACUGUCAGCUGAUGAUGUGGCGGCCGGAAAGUCCGCAAGAAAGAAUACAUUCCCUUCGCUAGUGGGUGAUGGGGAUGCCGAGUCGGAUGACUUCAAUCCCGAACCAGACCGCGAUAACGGCCCCGGUAGAGACAUCCUGAUAUACCAAAAGGGUAUUGCCCUGAGGGAGCAGCUGAGUCGCCCAGGGUACGACGUGGACUUCCCCUUCGCGGAGCAAGCUGAAAUGCAAGAGAGGCACGCGGACAUCUUAAUGGCCUGCGAGACAGAAGAAGAAACCCUAAAAGCCAAGAUCAUCAUCCAAGGCCUGCUGAGCAUGGAGGUUAAACAGCCAGAACGCGACCGGGACCCAGACAGGCUCAGUCGCCUGUACCACAAACUCGGCGAUCUGCAUUUCAGAAUCGAUGACCUGCCGAGGGCCCAAAAAUUCCUGGGGCGGGCGCUGGAAGGCCGUAAGAGCAGAGCGCUAAUGCGGUUGGAAGACGUUCGAGUCACAGCAGAGUUACUCGUCAAGGCGCUGUUACGAGCCCAGGCGUUCGACGAGGCCCGGGGCUUGCAGCGAUGGAUUCAAUAA